AUGGCCCUCACUCGCGCCUCCGUCGCUGCUGGACGCAUGCAGGCCGCCUCCCGCUGCCCUUUUAUGCACGCGCUACCCACCGCCCGUGCCGCCCUGCUGCCCAACAUCUCGCAGCUCGCCAAGCUGUGUCCGCACAUGUCGUCGGUCAUGAGCGCGGCCUCGGCGGGUCGCAGCAAAACGUCGCAGACGCACGCGACGUCCACGACGUCCUUGGCCACGCUCCAGCGCCUCGCUGCGCUCAAGAAGAAGAUGCAGGAGCCGAGACACCGGGGGAGCUCCCAGUCGUACUCGUCUGCGGUCGCUCGCUUCCCCACGACUUCCACUUGCCCCAAACGGGUGGGAGGGCUGUCACCCUCCCAGUACCAAGAGGGGUUCGCCAAGACGGUUGACGCAAUCAAGCGGGAAGGCCGGUACCGCGUGUUUACGGACUUGGAGCGCAAACGCGGCAAGUUCCCACGUGCCACGCACCACGAAGACUUGGGCCGGACCAAGGAGGUGGUGGCCUGGUGCAGUAACGAUUACCUCAGCAUGGGGCAGCAUCCCGAAGUGAUUGCGACGAUGCACGAGUACCUCAUGAAGUCCGGCGCUGGCUCGGGCGGCACCCGCAACAUCUCGGGCACGAACCACAACCACGUGCUGCUGGAGCAGGACCUGGCGGACUUGCACCAGCAGGAGGCGGCGCUGCUGUUCACGUCGUGUUAUGUGGCCAACGAUAGUGUGAUUAGCACACUGACGAAGAUCUACCCGGACCUGGUCAUGUUCUCGGACAGUCUCAACCAUGCGUCGAUGAUCCAGGGCGUUCGGCACAGCGGGGCAAAGAAGUACAUUUACAAGCACAACGACAUGACGGAUCUCGAGGAGAAGCUCCGAAUGGCCGAUCCAAACGCUCCUAAGCUUAUUUUGUUUGAGAGCGUGAACUCGAUGGAAGGCACUGUGGCGCCCCUGCACGAGAUUUGUGACUUGGCGGACAAGUACGGAGCGAUGACGUUCAACGACGAGGUGCACGCCGUGGGUCUGUAUGGUGAUCGCGGGGCUGGUGUCGCUGAGCGGGACCAUUGUCUGGACCGCAUCACGAUGGUGACGGGUACUCUGGCCAAGGGUUAUGGGAUCAUGGGCGGCUACGUGGCUGGCAACGCUGCGUUGGUAGACGCCAUGCGUUCGUGUGCUUCGGGCUUUAUCUUUAGUUCGUCAAUGCCUCCAAUGCUUGCCGCUGGCGCUCGGGCGUCCGUAAAUUACUUGAAGAAGAGUCAGGUGGAGCGCGCGACCAUGCACGCUCGCUCUCAAGAGCUGAAGAACAUGCUGGUGGAUGCUGGUUUCCCGCUGCUGCCAAGCGUGAGUCACAUCAUCCCGCUCAUGGUGGGCGAUGCUGCGAAGGUGAAGGAGGCUUCGCGCAUUCUCCUUGAGAAGCACCGAAUCUACGUGCAGCCUAUAAACUUUCCGACUGUGCCGCGUGGCGAAGAGCGGUUGCGGCUGACGCCGUUGCCGACCCACACGGAUGCGAUGGUGGAGGACUUGAUGACGGCUCUGGAGGACGUGUGGACUACGCUCGACUUGCCACGUCACUUCGUGUCCAAAGGUGACUACUUGCCUGUUGUGGAGUGGGCCAAUUCGCCGCUGGAGGUUGGUGCUGAGUUUGAGAUGGAGUCGGCGCUGGAAGUCGCGUGCGUUGCUUAG